GGAAGUAAAAACAAAACACGACUCGGGGUAGGUUGUCACUUGGCGGUGUUCUCAGAAAACUGUCGCCGACGUUAAGCGUUUGCGGCGAUGUAGUGGGGAAAAAAAAAGUUCUAAUGCAAUAAAAGUCAACGUCGGCAAUUAAACUAUAGAAAAUUACGCUGGACUCGUCGAUUCUUUGUGUAUAGCAAUGAAGGGGGGACACUAAAGGGGGGCUUCCUUUUUUUUAAAAUGUCUUGCUAGCCAACUCGCUAGCGGUACGUUAGCACGUAGGGAGCGGCAGCCAUUUUGUCCGACCGGUGACAGCAGCAGCAGAAAAUAAAACCAGGAUCACAACCAUUACUCGACAUUUAAGGGUUAGAAGAUUAAAGCAUCUAAAUGCGGAUUUAAACAACACACGCGCCAUUAUAAUUGUCUUUACGGUGUAUGAAAUUUACGUGGCGAGGUCCACGGGUAGUUUGGGCUGCCCUGUCAGUGUAACCCAAGCAAGUGUAACGAGGAGGAGGAAUAUAAUUUCAGUUUUUGAAUCCGCACCCACGUACUACAUACUAACAUAGCAGAUUUAAGUGGCAGAUGGCGAAGAAGACGUACGACCUGCUGUUCAAGCUGCUGCUCAUCGGGGACUCGGGCGUGGGGAAGACCUGCGUGCUCUUCCGCUUCUCGGACGACGCCUUCAACACCACCUUCAUCUCCACCAUCGGAAUAGAUUUCAAAAUUAAAACUGUGGAACUACAUGGGAAGAAGAUAAAGCUGCAGAUAUGGGAUACAGCGGGUCAAGAGCGCUUUCACACAAUUACAACCUCCUACUACAGAGGGGCCAUGGGAAUCAUGCUUGUUUACGACAUUACAAAUGCAAAAAGCUUUGAGAACAUCAGCAAAUGGCUGCGAAACAUAGAUGAGCAUGCAAAUGAAGAUGUGGAGAGAAUGCUGCUAGGGAACAAAUGUGACAUUGAAGACAAGCGGGUGGUACCAAAGGCAAAGGGAGAACAGAUUGCACAAGAACAUGGGAUACGGUUUUUUGAGACCAGUGCAAAAUCAAAUAUUAACAUUGAGAAGGCCUUCCUUACAUUAGCAGAGGACAUACUUCGAAAGACACCUGUUAAAGAACCCAACAGUGAAAACGUAGAUAUCAAUAACAGCAGUGGAGUAACUGGGUGGAAGAGCAAAUGCUGUAGCUAAACAUCAUCAUCUCCUCUUUCCUUUUUCAAAGACCAGUUCUCAAAAGGAAAGAUCUUCACUUGUGUAAAUUUGAUAUAUCCCCCACUCGUAUGUCAGUACCGCUUUCUUCCACCCUUUGUAUUUAAAGUCAUUUUUUCAAUAACUUAUAUUUCAGAAAUAAUCAAAACUUAACAAUGUAUGUUGUCGUUCAGCUCUUCUUGGGUGAAUUGAUUAGUUGAAACAUUGCACUACAUUUUUACACAUGAGUUCUCCAGAACUACAUGUUGCAGAACCUUGCACUGCAGCCCUUGGUGCACCAAGACUUGAUUUUGUAAAAUUACAAAAAUUUUGUACAGUACUUUUAUUUUAAAAUAUUAGGCCAUUGAAAUUGAGUUGGACUGGUAAAUUUGGCUUUUUUUAAAUCUUUAUUUCUAUUGUCCUGUGCCUUACAUAGAGUAGGAUUGUAACCUAUGGAGAGAGACCCACAUGUGGUGUAUUGAACGUACAUAACUUGAUAAGUAUUAUUCUUUUACAUAUGGGAACAUUACUUUUAUUACAGGAACUUAUAGAAACCAUUGAAUUGCUCUUGCAUAACACUUAAGAGAACAAUACCCUGUACAAAGGAAUUGUUUACUUGCAUUUUUAAAAAUAUUUCUGUAUGUGUGGUGGGUCAUACAAAAGCUGCUCUUA